AUGAUCCAUGGUGGAGUAUCAAGGCUGAAAGUACGGGCGAAGGGACACCAUAAUGUGAGAAAAAAAGGAAAACAACGCACGGUACACCCCGGUAGUGAUCCCCUACGUCAGUGUAGGUGGCUUUCCAAGUCCUAAGUGAGGGAAUGGGGUCUCAGAGUGUGGAAAUACUACGCCAGGGCAUUUGGGCUUCGUUAACAGGCGGCUGGUUCCACGAUCCCCACCAAGAGGUCUUCUGCAACACCUUCCACCUGUAUUUAUGGCUGUACCUCGUCUGCGCGCCCUUCUCCAUCUACCUGUACUGUGGAUGGUGGGUAGCAGGAUGGGUCGCUCAUCUAGUGAUACUUUCGAUAGUGGUGGUGGGGAUCAAGGUGGUCAACCACCUGCUCCACCAUAUGUUUGACACCACCGACUGUCUGGAGGAGGAGCUCACCCCCGCCACCCCCACCACCAACAACGAUAUCAACACGCCCGUCCACCACCCCAACUCUACCCUCCCUACCCAACAGAUGAGCAGCAGUUCCUUUGAGGCCAUCGAGAUGCAGGUGGUGAACAGCAAAGGUGGCGAGAGUGAGACCCCUCCUGUUGGGUGCAGUUCGCGGAACUCCAUCAUGGAGGCUUCAGGCACGCACACCAGUCAACCUCCGGCAACAAUAGACUUAAAAGCUGAUGUUCACCAUAAAGACAGCUCAGGAAGUGAAGAAGGAACGAAGUGCGAGGCUUCUGCGCUACCAGGCACAUCUAACGAAACUCAGGACACAAACACGAGAGAGAAGAGGUCAAAAGGUGGUGUUGGAGGUGGUGUGGGUAUCGUAGGACCAUCCAGUAGCAGCCGUGGCCUGUGUGUGUCGGAGGGCAUGCUGGGCAGUGUUGCUGAGAUCACCGAGACACUAAAUCACUCUACCAUAUCAAAACAUUCACAGUCUUUUGGUUGGUGUGAUGGAGAGGACUCAUCCAUGCCCACUGUCAGUAGCAGUAGUUCCCACAACACAAGGGGGCACAAGCGUCUCCGAAGAAAUGCCGCAUCGGCUGGCUCAAUUGCAACAACUACCCUCGGCGAUGCUCACUCGGUGGACAUUGUCUAUUCUAAAAGUGCCAAAGGGGACAAGGGCAGCAGUGUGCAUUACCGGACGGGUGCUCAUCACGGCAGUACCUCCCUGGGGCUGGAGGGGGUCUCUGGAGGGGUGACUGCCGUCUCCUCCACCACACCAUCUCCAUCAUCACUUCCUUCAGCAGCCGAACCUCCAUCUCACCCUGUCAGCUUAGAGGUAAUUAUUGGCGAGGACAGUGGCAGGCGGCACCAACAGCAUCACCACCACCAUCGUCACCACCACAGUCGGCACCACCACCACCAUCAAUCCCACCACCGCUACCACCAACAUCCUCCCCAUCACCACAGUCGAAAACUCUCUCUUGCGCCCACCUGUGGCUCUGAGCUGGGUAACAUUUCUGUUAUCGAGGAGCGGAGCAAUACCUGUGAUAACAAUACUGGAAGCUGUUGCAGUGUGAAUAGUGAGGGUGAGACAGAUGAGGAGGGUCCAACCAAAGGAUCGCAUUCACCUCUGCUAACACGCCACCAGAGUCUCGAGGGGAAAAGUUCGGGGGGGCGCAGGGUCCGCUCCGGCAACACAAGGCUGGCACCCACGCCUCGAAACUCGGGCCGUGCGUACCAGCCUCUCGUGUUCCGCAGCAGCUCUGCCAUAGCCAAGUUCCGAGAUAAGCCCAAGGUGGAAGGAGAUAAUUUCAAAGUGUGCACACUCACAUUUGAAAACAUUUACGCAGACGACGAGAGCAGUUCUGAUACGCUAAGUGUUGUGAAGAUGUCUAGCAGUUCGGAUGAGACAUUGAGCAGCGUAGCAGAUCAGUUUAGUCUUCAUAGACAGUCCCUAGGUAACCUUGACUGUGAUAAUGUUAACUCUAAGUGCAGUGGGAAUGGCAACUGUGAUGAGGGAGGGGGCAGCAAAAAGAAUGCAAGCUGUGAGGGCCUGGAGCUAACCCACCACCACAAGAAUUGUAGCAGGGAAGUGAAGUCGUGGACAUGGAGGAAACCUCAACCAUUCCACAACACACUGGAGAUGAACCGCCAUUACCAGAGCAGCAGAGGCACCAUGGUGGCUGACUGGCUCUUGAUGCCCAGCAGUCCACACAUCGAGUGUAGUGGUGCUGUCACACCACAAAGUCUUGAAGUGAGGCGGAAAGGACCAGAAGUAAUCAGCAUGACGAGUUCAGCUGUAGUACCAGUCUCUUCGAGUGCGGGACGGAGAGGCUCCAUAUCACCACCAGUCUCUGCAAGUGGGACAACUUCAAGAGACCAGGACAGAAGUAAUCAGGAAGGGCCAAGUGAACCAGAUCCAUUGCCACGUGUAACAGUAGGGCCGAGGGGUGGACGAGAUCUACCCCUUUUGUCUUCGGAAACACGUCACCAUUUACAGUUACUAAGCAUAGGGGCUCCUCAUAACCCUCUCCAGCUCUUCACAAAUGCUUUCUUUGAGCGAAGACGCUCUAGCAACCGUCCGGGCACUGCAGCAGGUUCCAUCAUCACCUCUGAGGCCCUUGGGAAUAUAAGCUGGCCUAGUGGACUUGACAUGGACUUGGACCGUGGUCUCUCAGCCAACAAACUCAAGUUCCCAGUUACUGCACCUCAAACAAUACAGUACUAUAAAUUUAAGAUUUGUGGGAAGAAGUCUGUGAAGAUCAAGUUUGAUAGACUUUUCCUGUUAGCUUUAUUGGACAGGAAUAUUACAGUUCUAGAAAAUUCAAUCUGUAUACUCCUUGCUAUAAUGGUUAGCGUUUUAGGGUGUAUAAUUCUUUAUAAAGAGUUUUAUCAGGAAUUGAGGGUAUUUAUAUUUUGUUUUGUCAUGGCAAGUUGUCAGUACUCAUUGUUCAAGAGUGUACAGCCAGACGCAGCUUCCCCCACCCAUGGUUACAACCGUGUUAUUCUCUACAGUAGACCUGUGUACUUCAUUCUUUGCUGUAGUAUCAUACUUCUCAUACAAUUGUACCUAGAUAGUCAUAGCAACUGGCUCUCUUUCAGCCUCUAUGGCAUUGAAUUUACUAACAGGGAGAUGCAUCAGUGUAGAGAUUUCUUGUUGCUGUUUAUACUGUUCUUCCCACUUAUAUUUAGUCUUGGGCUUUUGCCUCAGGUUAAUACUUUCCUCAUGUACAUUCUAGAGCAGACAGACAUUCAUGUCUUUGGUGGGAACGCAACCACAAGCCUUACCUCAGCUCUGUAUUGCGUAGGGCGUUCCAUCCUCACUGUGCUCUUCCUCUUUGGAUUUGCCUAUGGUGGCCUCCGAGAGCCUGAAGCUCAGACCCAGCACAUUCUCUACUCCAUAUUUUGCGGCCUAGCAGUUGCCUUCAGCUACCACCUGAGCCGAUCUGCCUCGGACCCCACCACUCUCUGGCGCCUCAUCCAACAGCACAUGUGGCCUGAAGAAUUGCGCAGGGAAGCCGGGACCAACAACCCCCAGCCUCCCCAGGAAGCAGAUGAACUGACGGAUCCACUACCAGAAAAGUUGCGCAACACGGUGCAUGCUCGCCUGGUCCAUGAUGCUAUCUUGUGUACGGUGAUAGCUGUGGGGGUGUUCGCCAUACACUCCAGUACAGUGUUCAAAGUGCUCUUAGAUGGGAAAAGCCCAGAUCUAAUAACUGCUCUUUGGAUAUUUGCUACCGUGUUUGGCUUCCUGAACCAUUACAUAAUACCGCAGUUAAGAAAACAGCUGCCGUGGCUAUGUGUGGCACAUCCAGUUUGUAGAACGCAUGAGUACAGUCAAUUUGAAGUUUAUGAUGCUGCCAAAAUCAUGUGGUUUGAAAAAGUGUAUGUAUGGUUGUGUAUUAUAGAAAAAAAUAUUGUUUAUCCAGUACUUUUUCUCUGUGCCUUAACCAAAGAUGCGCCAACGUUGAUAGAAAACCAUGGGCUCAACAUUGGAACGCUAAUGACAGUGAUCUGUGGUGUCAAGUGUCUGCGCAGUGUGUAUUCCCAGCCGGAGUCUCAAUACCUCAUCCUGGCUUUUGCCAAACUUUUCUUUGAAUGUGAUUUUAAGGAUAAAUCCCAGACCUUUUUAGUGGAUUACUUCAUUAUGGGGAUAAUUUUUUCCAGAGUGUAUGAAUUCCUGCUGAAAAUGAAAUUCAUUGUAACAUACAUAGCCCCAUGGCAGAUAACAUGGGGAUCAGCUUUCCAUGCAUUUGCCCAGCCAUUCAGUGUUCCCCAUUCUGCUAUGCUCUUCGUACAAGCUGCUGUCUCUGCUAUCCUGUCUACUCCGCUCAACCCAAUCUUGGGCUCAGCCAUCUUCAUCACCUCCUACAUCCGCCCGAUCAAGUUCUGGGAGCGCGACUAUAACACAAAGCGCGUCGACCACUCCAACACCCGCCUCUCUUCGCACUUGGAGAGGAAUCCAGGUUCGGAUGACAACAACCUCAACUCCAUCUUCUAUGAACAUCUGACUAGAUCACUACAGCACUCCCUCUGUGGAGACCUCCAGAUGGGUCGAUGGGGAGCAGCCAGCCAGGGAGACUGCUUUGUUCUUGCCUCGGAUUAUCUCAAUUGCCUUGUACACAUCAUUGAGCUUGGCAAUGGUCUUGUGACAUUCCAAAUGCGUGGGCUGGAGUUCCGUGGCACUUAUUGUCAGCAGCGAGAGGUUGAAGCUAUCUCAGAGGGUGUUGAGGAGGAUGCAGGCUGCUGCUGUUGUGAACCUGGCCACUUGCCCCACCUGCUCAGUGCCAAUGCAGCCUUCAACCAGAGAUGGUUGGCCUGGGAGGUCACAGCCACAAAAUAUGUUCUGGAGGGUUAUUCCAUCUCAGACAACUCUGCCGCCUCCAUGCUCCAGAUAUUUGAGCUGCGGAAGAUUCUCAUCACAUACUAUGUGAAGAGUAUCAUCUUCUAUGUAGUAAGAUCGCCAAAGCUGAAAGAAUGGUUAGAAAAUGCCGAAAUUAAUGCCUCGCUCUCACACACACGAGAUAAGAAAUUCGUGGACCUUGAUCCCAUCUUCAACCUCAACAUAGAUGAAGAUUAUGAUUUCAAGGAAUCUGGUAUUACCCGAACCAGCUUCUGCAACGUCUACCACGAAUGGAUUGUCUAUUGCGUCACCAGGAGAGGAUCAGGCAAUGGUCAAGAAGCCAUUGAGAGUGGGAGGGAGUCACAUCUCAUCUCCCUCUGUCUGGCUCUCAGUUUGUUAGGACGACGUGCCCUGGGCGCAGCAUCCCACAACGCAAUGUCAAGUGUGGAUUUCUUCCUCCAUGGCCUCCAUGCACUCUUCAAGGGGGACUUCCGUAUCACGUCCAUGAGAGACGAGUGGGUGUUCACGGAUAUGGAACUACUGAGGCGUGUGGUUGCUCCGGGAGUGAGGAUGAGUCUCAAGCUUCACCAGGAUCAUUUCAUGCUUCCUGAUGAGUACGACAACCACGAGUCUCUCUAUAAUGCCAUCCUUGAGCAUGAGGCCCAGCUAGUCAUCUCCCAUGAGGGAGACCCCACUUGGCGCAAUGCCGUCCUCUCUGGAAAGCCUUCCUUGUUAGCCCUCAGACAUGUGAUGGAUGAUGGUGCCGACGAAUACAAAAUCAUAAUGCUCAACAAACGGCACCUGUCCUUCCGCGUGAUCAAAGUGAACCGAGAGUGUGUGCGGGGGCUGUGGGCCGGUCAGCAGCAGGAGCUUGUGUACCUGAGGAACAGGAACCCCGAGAGAGGCUCCAUCCAGAACGCCAAGCAAGCCCUUCGCAACAUCAUAAAUUCCUCGUGUGACCAGCCCAUUGGCUACCCAAUCUAUGUGUCCCCACUCACCACAUCUUACGCUGACACCAAUGACCAGCUGAAGGCCAUCUGUGGUGGGCCAAUUAGUCUGACGCUUAUAAAGGAGACGAUCAUUGGUGUUUGGAAGAGGGUGCGGCAGCGUUGUGGUGAAGGGUGUUCAAGUGGCAGCUCAGGUUUGAACAAUGAAUGUGGGCGGGUCGCUGACCCUCAUCAUAAUACCAUUCCACUUCACCAAGUGCUUACAACAGUUCCUCCAAGCCUUGGAUCUGGAGGCAGUCAGGAUGGCUCGCAGGUUGGGGGCCUUAGCCUGGUAACAGCCACAGGCAGCCUCGGCCAUGGGAGUCUUGGGCGCGGAGGGUCCCUUUCAAGAGGCUCUCUGCAUGCCAACCGGGGAUCCAUCGUUUCCACAGUGUCAUCGAUUGUUGGCCCAACUAACAAGCAGUCAACAUCUACUCUGGCAAGUCUAGCUGGCCUCCUUUCUGAUACCACAGCUGGGCUCUCCAGGUUGGACCCGAGAGACAGAGACGGACUGAGUGAGGGAUCAGCCAGUAGCAAGGACAGGGACUGGAGUGCACGUGACGUCUCUCUCCACAGUGGGAGAGAUGCCGGCUCCAUACACAGCGGGCGGGAAGGGUCACUCCACAGUGGGAGAGAAGGGUCCUUGCAUAGUGGUAGGGACAUUUCUCUCCAUAGUGGAAGGGAAGGCUCACUUGUAGGAGGGGAGAAGAGGGUGCGUGCAGGGAUAUCAGCCAGUAGUCGCAGUACACCCACCUCGUCCUUGUCCACUCCUGCCCGUGAAGUUCCUCCAGUGCCCUCUGUGGUGACAGCGAGAGAGGUGCAUUUAAGAGAGACUGGCUGGGAUGCCUCGAGCUUAAGGGAAGAAUGUACAACACUGCAUGAGGAAAGUGAAGAAAAAUUUACCACUCCACCCCCAGACAAGCAUGUGCAAAGAGUGAGGAUAAUAGAUGCCAACCAGGUCUAUGACACCUUAAACCUGGGUCGGCGCAUUGACGUGGUCUGGCCUGAUGAAAGCAUGAGGAAGCGUGGUGGGCGGAGCUUCUGGGGACACUGGGUUCCCAUUGAGGGUAUGGAAGGGUCGGUGGUGCAUACUUGGACCCCACACCACCCAGACCCCCGCCUUCGUUCGCAUGUGGACCGUGUCAUCCUCCUUGUUCAGAUUGAGGACAAGUUCGUUCCAGUGGCCCAGAGCGCCGUGCAGGAUCUUGGUGCCGAGGUUUAGUUGGGACCUAAUGACUGGAGGUAUGGGCUAGUCGAAGGUAUGAUCUGGAGGUGUGGGCUGAUUGAGAUCAUAAGCCGAAGGUGCAGGCCAACUGGAGGCAUGUGCUGGCUGAUAAUAUAGGCCAGCUAGAGGUAUAAACUGGGACAAGGUGGUAGGAAAUAGAAGCCAAGAAAACUAGGCCAGCCAAAGAAAGAAGUGACUUUUGCUAAGGUGUUCAGUUCAGUCCUAGUGCAUUUAAUGUUACUGAGAGUAGUAGGUCGUUUAACUGUAGAUCCGAACAAGAAGCUGAUUGGGAAUGAUUAAUUGGAUAUUCUGUCUGUCUGCAUUUUUUUUUUCUUUAUUCUUGUGGCAGGCUGGUUUUAUGCAUAAUGUGGUUAAUUAGUAAUUUUUGAAAUAGUUGUUAUUAUUAUUUGUUAUCUUUCAUUUUUAUAUAUUUUUCUACAGCAGUUAAUUUUGUACUAAGAAUAUGAUUCUGAUUUACAAUGUGAAGCAUUUUGCACAGCAGAUGCAUGAAGUGAAAGUGUCAUUUUCUUUUUUUCUUUCUUGUUCUUUUUUGGGGGGAAAGAUACUGAAAAAAGUCCAUUGCUGGAAUAGUAGAAUUCCUCAUGCAGUCAAACUUUUUGUUGCACAAUCGGAAGGUAUAACGACCAAAAUCCCAUUGACAUUUUAGAGUGUUUCUAAAGAAUAUGGUGAAUGGUAGUGAAUGGUAUAUCAAAGCAGCCAAGCAAAAUUUGUUUUGGACCAAAAUUUGUUGAGGAUUUUUGACCAGUAGUUUGUCAACCAAUAAUUAUAAAGAGAAAAGAUUGUACAUACUGAUUUGUUUUUGGAAAUUUUAAACUUUUAUAAUAAUCAGUAGGUUGUAUUUCUCUCAAGCACAUUGCCUGAUGCCUGUACUAGGUUUCAAGUGUUCAGCAAAAUUGGAAACCGCAGUACCACCUUCAUUUUUCAUUUCCUUUUCUAGCAAUUUUAUGCAAGUGCAUUUUCGAUUACACAAGAAUUUCACUCAAUUUUUUUUAUGGAUAUAGACAUUCAUGUGGAAUGAGAUGUGAAUUGAGACAUAUAUUUGGAAAAUUUCUGAAACAUUUGUAAAAAUGUGUGUAGGCAAAUCAAACACACACACACACACACACACACACACACACACACACACACACACACACACACACACACACACACACACACACACACAC